AUGGCUACUGUCGAUAUGGGCCACUCUCAUUCUGUGGAACGAGACAUCAAACACGUGGAUGUCAAACAACCGACUAUUCAAGUACAACCGGUGACAAUCGAUCCCCCGUAUCUAACACCUGCAACGACACCGGAUCAGAAUUCUCCACUGGACGACGCGAUGGCGGGGGAAAAGCUUUUUUCUCUAGAGAAGCCAAGUGACAGGGCGAGGGAGUUGGCUGCUAAGUUGACGCUGGAGGAGCAGAUCUCGUUACUGGCAGGAGCAGACUUUUGGCGGACUAUGCCUAUCCCAGCCAAAGGCAUACCAUCAAUCAAAACGACAGAUGGACCGAACGGUGCCCGAGGAGAAUUCUUUACCAACGGUACACCUGCUGCGUUAUUCCCUUGCGGUAUUUCCAUGGCAUCUACAUGGAAUGUGGAUAUGAUGGAAGAGAUCGGCCGUCACCUUGGAGAAGAGUGCAAAGCCCGCGGUGCUCAUAUGCUACUCGCUCCUACAGUGUGCAUGCACCGCUCACCUCUCGGUGGACGAAACUUCGAGUCUUAUUCGGAGGAUCCCUAUCUCACUGGAAAGCUUGCAGCAUCCUAUAUCCGGGGCUUGCAGAGUAAAGGGAUUGCCGCCACAAUCAAGCAUUUCGUUGGGAAUGAGCAGGAGACUGAACGACAGGCGUAUGAUGCCAUCAUUGCCGAGCGACCGCUCAGAGAAAUCUAUCUCAAGCCAUUCGAGAUUGCUGUCCGUGAAGCGUCACCAUGGGCACUCAUGAGCUCAUAUAACAUGGUGAACGGCAUCCAUGCCGAUGAACAUGAGCAUACGAUCAAAGAUAUUCUUCGAGCCGAGUGGGGGUGGGAUGGAACAAUCAUCUCUGACUGGACUGGAACAUAUGCUACCGCUCCCUCGAUAAAAGCCGGUGUUGAUGUUGAGAUGCCUGGACCGUCAAAAUGGCGGAAACCCGACCAGGUCAAGGCUGCACUUGACAAAGGAGAACUUCUCUUCAAAGAUAUCGAGGAGGCGGCUGCAAGAGUACUCUACCUCGUCGAUCGAACAAAAGGACUCGACAAUCAAUCCCCGGAGCAACCUGAACAAUCGGUUGACAAUGUCGAAACACGGAACUUGAUUCUUCAAGCUGGUAUCGAAGGACUGACACUUUUGAAGAAUGAUAACAACGUGCUGCCGAUCAAAAAUGCUAAGAAAAUCGCAAUGAUUGGACCCAACGUCAAGCGAGCAAUUGCCAACGGUGGAGGAAGCGCAGGUCUAAAUCCUUACUAUAGGGUCAGCCCCUGGGACGGCAUGCAAAAUCGGUUCGACGGCGAGGUGACCUUUGCUCAGGGCUGCGAUAGCUCAAAAUGGCUGCCCCUUGCUACUCCAUACUGUGCAGCUCCAGAUGGCCAACGUGGCGUGCGAUUAGAAUAUUACCGUGGUGACAGGUUCAAAGGCGAGCCGGUAGUGGUACAGAACAAAGUUAGCACAGAUCUCUGGCUUUGGGAUUCUGCGCCGAUGGAGCUCCUUCCAGAUUUCUCGUUUAAGGUCAAGACAACGUUGACGCCUAAAUCGACAGGGAAUCAUAGUUUCAGCUUUGCUUCAGUAGGUCCUGGUCGGAUGUUUUUGGACGGAGAGCUCUUCAUCGACAACUGGGACUGGACUGAAGAAGGCGAGGCAAUGUUCUCCGCUUCUGAGGAUGUGCUGAAAUCGAUCCAACUCAAGGAGGGCAAGCCGGUCGAGAUUCUCGUAGAAAGCACCAGCGAGGUUCGCCCAGCGUCAAAGGUCUCCAUUAUCGGCCGUCGUUAUGACUACGGCGGGUGCCGCAUCGGCUACCAAGAAGAAGACAAGAUCGAUCGCUUACAAGAAGCUGCGGACAUAGCAUGUGAAGCCGACGUCGCCGUGUUAGUAGUUGGCCUUGACGCGGAGUGGGAGUCAGAAGGCUACGAUAGACAGACCAUGGAUCUUCCCAAGAACGGUUCACAAGACCGUCUCGUCGAAGCUGUUCUAGCCGCCAACCCGCGUACCGUCGUUGUCAAUCAGUCUGGGACACCCAUCACCAUGCCCUGGGUGCACAAGGCCCCUGCGAUUUUGCAGGCUUGGUAUCAGGGUCAGGAAGCUGGGAAUGCUCUUGCAGACGUACUCCUUGGUAAUCAAAGUCCUAGCGGCAAGUUGCCAACAACGUUCCCGGUCCGCAUCGAGGACAACCCAGCUUUCCACAACUGGCCGGGUGAGAACCUGAAAACUGUUUAUGGCGAAGGCAUCUAUGUCGGCUAUAGGCAUUACGACCGCUCCAAAAUCACCCCCCUCUUCCCAUUCGGUCAUGGGUUGACAUACACAACUUUCGAAUACGGAACACCAACAGCGGACAAUCUCAUCCUCUCGGAGUCUGAAGAAGUCGUCAUCACCGUCCCAAUCACCAACACCGGAUCAGUAGCCGCCCACGAGAUCGUGCAGGCUUACGUGAAGGACGUAAGGUCCACACUUCCGCGUCCUGAAAAAGAACUCCAAGCCUUCGGCAAGGUGUUCUUGCAGCCUGGUGAGACUAGAGACGUUGUGUUGAAGCUAAACAAGUACUCUGUUGGGUACUUUGACACAAGUCUGGGGCAGACAGGCGCGUGGAUUGCGGAGGAGGGGAGUUUUGAGGUUCUGAUCGGGGCGAGUAGCGCGGAUAUCAGGACGAAGAUUAAAUUUGAGGUCGAGGAGUCCCUUCAGUGGAUCUUCUGA